AUGAUGAUGGACGAUGAUAUUCAAGCUGUGGAUUCUCCAAUGACAUCAAGCCCCGCAACAAUGAUGAGUCCGUCAGAUGUAAUGUCACCAGGAUCGGUUCCUGGAGCAGUUGGAAGUCCAGCUGCAUCAUUUCCUCGACAGCAUCUGCAGCAGCAACAAUCUCAGUCAGGGCCUCCAGGACCACCAGGCCAAUCAAAAUAUGCACAAUUAUUGGCAGUAAUUGAAGAAAUGGGGAAGGAUAUUAGGCCAACAUAUGCUGGAAGUAAAAGUUCAGCUGAAAGACUGAAACGUGGAAUAGUCCAUGCAAGGAUUCUGGUGCGAGAAUGUCUAAUGGAAACAGAACGAAGUGCGAGACAAUGA